AUCUGCGAGGUUUAAAUCCACCACACAGGGUGAAAUCUAUCUCCAUGACAACAUUCACACAACAGGAAAUUGAAUUCCUGCAAAAACAUGGAAAUGAGGUCUGUAAACAGAUUUGGCUAGGAUUAUUUGAUGAUAGAUCUUCAGCAAUUCCAGACUUCAGGGAUCCACAAAAAGUGAAAGAAUUUCUACAAGAAAAAUAUGAAAAGAAAAGAUGGUAUGUGCCACCAGACCAAGCCAAAGUGGUAGCAUCAGUUCAUGCAUCUAUUUCAGGGUCCUCUGCCAGUAGCACAAGCAGCACACCUGAGGUCAAACCACUGAAAUCUCUUUUAGGAGAUUCAGCACCAGCACUGCACUUAAAUAGGGGCACACCUAGUCAGUCUCCUGUUGUAGGUCGCUCUCAAGGGCAGCAGCAGGAAAAGAAGCAGUUUGACCUUUUGAGUGAUCUUGGCUCAGAUAUCUUUGCUGCCCCAGCUCCUCAGUCAACAGCGACAGCCAAUUUUGCUAAUUUUGCACAUUUCAACAGUCAUGCAGCUCAGAAUUCUGCAAAUGCAGAUUUUGCAAACUUUGAUGCAUUUGGACAGUCUAGUGGUUCGAGUAAUUUUGGAGGUUUCCCCACAGCAAGUCACUCUCCUUUUCAGCCCCAAACUACAGGUGGAAGUGCUGGAUCAGUAAAUGCUAAUUUUGCUCAUUUCGAUAACUUCCCCAAAUCCUCCAGUGCUGAUUUUGGAAGCUUCAGUUCUUCCCAGAGUCAUCAAACAGCAUCAGCUGUUAGUAAAGUUUCAGCGAAUAAAGCUGGUCUACAGACGGCAGACAAAUAUGCAGCACUUGCAAAUUUAGACAAUAUCUUCAGUGCUGGACAAGGUGGUGAUCAGGGGAGUGGCUUUCGGACCACAGGUAAAGCUCCUGCUGGUUCCGUGGUUUCAGUUCCCAGUCAGUCAAGUGCAUCUUCAGACAAGUACGCAGCCCUGGCAGAACUAGACAGUGUUUUCAGUUCUGCAGCUACUUCCAAUAAUGCAUAUACUUCUACGAGUAAUGCUAGCAGCAAUGUUUUUGGAACAGUGCCAGUAGGUGCCUCUGCGCAGACACAGCCUGCUUCUUCAAGUGUACCUGCUCCACUUGGAGCUACACCUUCCACAAAUCCAUUUGUUGCUGCUGCUGGUCCUUCUGUGCCGUCUUCUACAAAUCCAUUUCAGACCAAUACCAGAGGAGCAACAGCGGCAACCUUUGGCACUGCAUCCAUGAGCAUGCCUGCGGGAUUUGGUACGCCUGCUCCUUAUAGUCUUCCCACCAGCUUUAGUGGCAGCUUCCAGCAGCCUGCUUUUCCAGCUCAAGCAGCCUUCCCUCAACAGACAGCUUUUUCUCAACAGCCCAAUGGUGCAGGUUUUGCAGCAUUUGGACAAACAAAGCCAGUGGUAACCCCUUUUGGUCAAGUUGCAGCUGCUGGAGUAUCUAGUAACCCUUUUAUGACUGCUGCACCAACAGGACAAUUUCCAACAGGAAGCUCAUCAACCAAUCCUUUCUUAUAGCCUUAUAUAGACACUCUACUGGAACGAACUUUUAUGUGGUCACAUUACAUCUCUCCACCUCUUGCACUGUUGUCUUGUUUCACUGAUCUCAGCUUUAAACACAAGAGAAGUCUUUAAAAAACCUGCAUUGUGUAUUAAACAACAGGUAAUGUGUGCAAAACAGAGGGUUCCAGUAACAACUUUUAACCUGUGAAUUGGCAGAAAAAGGUAGCGGUAUCAUGUAUAUUAAAAAUUGGCUAUUAUUAAGUUAUUGCAGAUACCACAUUCAUUAUGCUGCAGUUCUGUACAUAUUUUUCUUAGAAAUUAGCUAUUUGUGCAUAUCAGUAUUUGUAACUUUAACACAUUGUUAUGUGAGAAAUGUUACUGGGGAAAUAGAUCAGCCACUUUUAAGGUGCUGUCAUAUAUCUUGGAAUGAAUGACCUAAAAUAAUUUUAACCAUUGCUACUGGAAAAUUACAAAGACAAAAUUGGAAGGUUUUAUUCAUUCUUGAAUUUUUCCUUUCUAAAGAGUUCUUCUAUUUAUACAUGCCUAAAUUCUUUAAAAAUGUUGAGGGAUACCUGUCUGCAUAUUAAAGCUGAUCAUGUUUUGCUACAGUUUGCAGGUGAAAAAAAUAAAUAUUAGAAAAUACGCUAUUGUUUUUGUGUUCUUGCUGCAAUGCCUUUACCAAAGUGGCCUUAAAUAAGAGUAGUGAAUUGAAAACAUCUUGAAUUCUUGAAUCAGAAUUUCAGAAGACUUCUAGUGACUUUUAGGUCUAACAGAGAAAAUUUUAUUAAAAGGCCAUGUAGAAAAUUUAUUAAAACUACUAUGACCGCUCUAUUCAGGAAUAUGUCAGUGGUAAAGCAUUUAAAUGUAGCUUGUCAAAUUCACCAUGAUCCUUCUAAUUUGUUUGCAACUUCUUAAUUUUGUGAAAAUUUGUAUAUACGAAGAAUUUGCAUGUAUGUGUAUUUACAAAUUUUUUUAAGUACCUUGAAUUCUGAGACUGAAAAUGCAAAAGGCCUAUUUUAACUAUUGAUUUUUUAAAAAAUAUUGUCUUUGAAUGUAUUGGAAGCAGACAUGCAUUAACUGUGACAUGAUUGCACCUCAAUUUUUUUUCUUUAUUGGACAAAUUGAUAUUAUCAGUAGGACAUUUGUUUGUUUAUUUUGCGGGGGUGGGGGGGAGAAACUGGAAUGUUAACCAGAAUACCCAAUGUUACGUUAAAGUUAUAGAAUACUUUGAUUGUAAAGGCAGUGAUACUAAUGUUUAGUUAUAUCUUUCUGUUGACAGUCAAAUGAACAUGUUUAAAUAUUUAUGUACAGUAAUGCCUCAUUUAUUCAGAGAUAAUCUGGAAAUCUCAUCAAAAUGGAACAUACCUGAGAAACUUGUAAUAGUUUUUUUUUUAAAUGCUUCUGAACAACCUACUUAAGUCACAAAGUCUAUACAUUAGGCUCAUGCAUUUGUUUUUAUGUGAGAUUUUAAUAAUUUUGACUAUUUGAUUUCCCACCCCAUAGCUUAUUAACAGUUCGGAAGAGAUGGCUUGAAAAAGGAGACUGAAAAAAACUGAAUAA